AUGGGCAGGUCGCGACGAGCUGGACACAAGGUCCAGCUCAGGCGCAUAGCACGAGAGUACGCUACUUCUGGGGUCUUCGACCCCAGUAUAUUCGACAGGGCUCUAGAGCCUCCUCAACCCUCGCUCCCGCGUCAUCCUCCCCCUCACUCCAACCCUCCGGUUGCCCCCAGGCACCCUCAACCCCCACCACCGUACAGGCCUCCGGACCCGUGCCCGACCAGGACGUGGGCUCCGCGCCCUCCCGUGACCCCAGCACCUAGGCCUCCACGGGCCAGCCUGGCCAGCGCGCCUCCCGCACCUCCGGCUGGUGCAGCCAAGAAGCCACCGCUGGAACCAAGGCCACAGCAGCAACCAAGGCCACGGCAACCAAGCGUGGCCCCGCCCCGGACUCGGCCCUGCAUCGUACGAAUCGAGGCCCUCCCCCAGAGGAUCAGGGUGGCCCGACGGCCCAGGACCCAGCUCCAAGCUGCCAACCACAUGCCCUCACUGGGCUGA